GAAAGGGGGUCCUUGAUCGCAGCGGGAAUCUCCACAGCUCCUCCUUCAUAGCCGAUCGCGUGAACGCUGCAGCCAAUUCCAUUCCGCACCUUCUUAACUAUUUGUACAAUUGGUAUUUCUAAUGGUUUUUGUUUCAGGGUGCGGGUCAUUGUUGGUUGGUGUGGUGGAAUGAAGUGGAGUGAAGGAAGGAAUCGGAGUGAGGGAAGGAUUUAAUCAAUCGGGAGAAGUUUUGCCUUUCGUGUUGCGGGAACGAACGAGAGAGAGAGAGAGAGAGAGAGAGUUGGAGCUUGUUUUUAUCGUACAUGGAGACUUUACAAGCUGUGCAUCAUGUGGUUGGAGUGAAGGUCGGCGGUGCGGGUGCAGUUCGAUCUGAGGUGGUUGAAUGCAAUUCGGUGCAGCGUUGCGGGACGAGGGUUGCCUUUCGUGGGGUUUCACGUCGGUUGAGGUACGAGGGGGCUGUGUGGGGUGGUAUCGGUGAGGCGAGGAGGGUGAAGAAGAGGAGUGCAGUGAAUGCGGCGUACGAGAGCUCGAGCGGUGGGAAUAGCCAUGUCGAAGGAGGGGACAACGGCGGAGGUAACAGUACGAGUGAGUAUCUAGAAGCGCAAGUGAUGGAUGCUGUGAGCAUGGUGCCAUUCCAUGGCAAGCUGCUUAUGACACUGGGAAAUGGAAUGGAGAUGGAAGUUGAUCAUAUCAACCCUGCCAAGGGGCGUUUGCUUUACAAAUCCAGUACUCCGACGAUCUUUUUGAAGGUCACAGAUGGGUCGAACUUGAUGCUGCCGAUUGUUGUGGGCGAAGCCGCAGUGAGCAUGCUCAUGAGGGCCUUGCACGACGACGAGCAUGCCAGUCGUCCCAAUUACUAUGUCCUCAUGCGUGAUAUGGUGGAGAGUUUGCAUUAUGAGCCCAGGAUGGUGAGGAUUACCGACCGAGUUGUGGAUACUUACUACGCCAGAAUUUACUUGGGCAAGCCUGGUGAGGAAGAGCUUGUGAGUGUGGAUGCAAGGCCAUCGGAUGCGAUCAACUAUGCGGUUCGUUGCAAGGUUCCAAUUUAUGUGAAUAGCAGCAUCAUCAGGGCGGAUGCCGUGCGUCCUGUGACGGAGGUUGAACUCACAAGGAGGGUGGAGCUCAACAUCCCGAGGAAAAGAAGUUCUAUUUUGGCAGAAUCUUUUAAUUCGUAUGAACCCGAUGUUUUCCAAGACGAGAUGGCUAUGGUGAUGUGCAUGCUCGUUGCCGCUAAGCAGGAGCGCUACGGUGAUGCGAUUCGAUGGCGGGACGAACUUGCAAGACUUCGGGCAGAAUUCAAACAGAAGCUGCGGCGACUCUAAACGAGUACCUGGAGUAAGAUUUUGUGGAGGCAAAUUCUUGAUAAGAUUUGGUCUUAAGUAUUGGACCUCCUAUUGAUGUACAUAUAGAUCUUGCCAAAUUGGGAUAACUCGUGUGAAUGGUGUGAUACAAAAGGCGACAGGGAACUUAAAUAAUGUUAAUGUAUUAUGUGUCCUUCCUAUGUAAACUACUUGUGCUCCGUUUGUCUUUCACAGUUCUGACAUACAUGCUGAUCGCCUCUGAUAUUCAGUGACAGCUACUUCAAACAGUCUACCGGUACUUGCAUAGUGAGUGCUCGUUAUCUGUGUUUGGUUGUUAAGGCUGCUGUGCCGAUUCCACAAAGCUUUUGGAAACAAGUUUUCAGAUCAAUUGGUGACUCCAUGUAA